AUGGAUGUCAUCGAAGAGCUAUGCCGUCAGCUACAAUUUCUUCAUCCAAAGUACGCCGAAGCUAAAACCUACAACACAGAUCUAGCAAAGAAGAUAGCACUCACAAAGCCAAUAAAUGGCAUCAGUAAGAAGAUUCGGGCUUGCAAGACGGAGUUUGACAUCGCAGCCAGAACAGAUUCUGCAACUAGAGAAGAGAUAAUUACUCCUGUAAAUUUGGCAGCACAUAGUGCGGACGUGAUUAUAAACGCUCAUCUGGUCGUUGAAUAUGACCCUAAGCCUGGAUCCUCUUCCCGUACUGCAGAAAUGAACCAUAGCCGAUAUCCUGGAUUUGGAGAACAAUACCUAUUGAAUCAUAUUAUCCCGCCAGAAUAUAUGGUCGAGUUCUCGCUACCCAGCAUGGAUGAAAAAUCAGUAUUCUGGCACUUCAUCGACUGUUGGUUUCACUUGGUGGCUGUGAAGUCUACGUAG